UUUUGUAAAAAUAUUUGUAUGAAAUGAAGGUAGAAGAUGAAAAUUGCUUUGAAGAAUUGAAAGAGUCGAAAGAAGGAGUAGAAUAUUUGGAUGGAAAUAGGAAAUUGAAAGAAAUAUUGGAAAAGUGUAAAUAUGUUGAUAAAUCGGCUAAAAAUAUGUCAAGAAAUGUAGAAAAUUCAAGUAAAUUGAUGAAAGAUGGAUUGUCGUUUCGAAAAUUAUUGGAAAAAAGAGGUUUUAGUCGAAAUAAUUUAUUAUCUAGUGAAGUUAUCAGUAAUGAAUCAAUAAAUAGCCAUGAUAAAAGAAAACAAAAACCUAAACGAUCAUAUAUUCCUCCAGAAUAUUAUUCUCAUCUUCCAUCAGGAGUUCCUGAUGUUCUUAGAGAAAAUUUAAUUGUUAUGUUUAUUGGAUUAAAUCCAGGAAUAGCAACAGUAAAAGCAGGACAUGCAUUUGCUGGUCCAACAAACCUUUUUUGGAAAUUAUUGCAUUCGUCCCGAAUUGUUUGCACAGAAACUAGACUUCGACCUGAGGAUGAUGUGAAGCUUGGAAAAUGGGAUGUUGGAAUCACAAAUUUAGUAUCAAGACCGACAGCAAGUUCUAAUGAAUUAAGUAAAGAAGAAAUGAUUGAAAAUGUUCCUAUUUUAGAAAAAAAAAUUACAGCCUUUUAUCCAUUAUCAGUUUGUAUUGUUGGAAAAGGAAUAUAUGAAGCCAUUUAUAAGUAUAAAACUGGAAAGUCUUUAAGUAAGCCUUUUGAAUGGGGUUGGCAACCGCAAAGAGUUGGUGCAUCGGAAAAUUAUGAAGGAGCAUUAGUAUAUGUUGUUCCCAGUACAUCUGGAAGAGCCGCUAGUUAUUCUAGAAAGAUGAAAGAACAUUAUUGGAAUAUUUUAGGCGAAUGGGUUGCUUUGAAACGUAAAGAAAGACAGAACCUCGAUAAUAUAUUCAAAUAA